CGUGCCCGUCGCUAGCUGCUGCGGCAGGCUUUCGGUCGAUCCAGAAGCGGCGGGAUUUCCCCGGAUGGUUGCAGCGGCGGGAUCAUGACUGGGAAGAAGUCUUCCCGGGAGAAGCGGCGCAAACGAAGCGGUCAGGAGGCGGCGGCGGCGCUCACGGCGCCGGACCCAGUUCCCGCCGUCGCCAGUGGCGGCAGUGGAAGCACCAGCGGUUGCGGGAGCGCCAGCGGCUGCGGGAGCGUCACCUGCUGUGGGAACACCAGCUUGAGUGGAAGUGUCACUGGCGGUGGGAGCGGCGGCAGCUGCUGGGGUGGGAGCAGCGUGGAGCGCAGUGAGCGCCGUAAGCGGAGGAGCACUGACUCAUCUGCCAGCGUCUCCGGCUCCUUGCAGCAGGAAGCCAAAUAUCUUUUGCCAACUCUGGAAAAAGAGUUAUUCUUGGCAGAGCACAGUGACCUUGAAGAAGGUGGAUUAGACCUGACUGUGGCAUUAAAACCAGUUAGUUUCUAUAUAUCAGACAAAAAAGAAAUGCUUCAGCAGUGUUUCUGUAUCAUAGGAGAGAAGAAGUUACAGAAGAUGCUUCCUGAUGUGUUAAAGAACUGUUCAAUAGAAGAAAUUAAAAAACUGUGCCAGGAACAGUUAGAGCUCCUGUCUGAAAAAAAAAUCUUGAAGAUUCUUGAGGGUGACAAUGGUAUGGACUCUGAUAUGGAAGAAGAGGCAGAUGAUGGCUCUAAGAUGGGAUCUGAUUUAGUUAGUCAACAAGACAUCUUUAUAGAUUCUACUUCAUGCCUGAGAGAGAACAAGCAACCUGAAGGUUUGGAAUUAAAACAAGGCAAAGGGGAAGAUAGUGAUGUACUCAGUAUAAAUGCAGAUGCUUAUGACAGCGACAUAGAAGGCCCAUGCAAUGAAGAAGCAGCUGCUCCUGAGGUCUCAGAAAAUACAGUCCAAAGUGAAGCUGGUCAGAUAGAUGACCUGGAGAAAGACAUUGAGAAAAGUGUGAAUGAGAUUCUGGGACUGGCAGAGUCUAGCCCAAAGGAACCGAAAGCCGCCACCCUGACUGUUCCUCCACCAGAAGAUGUUCAGCCUUCUGCACAGCAGCUGGAGCUGCUAGAACUUGAGAUGAGGGCAAGAGCUAUUAAAGCCCUAAUGAAAGCUGGUGAUAUAAAAAAGCCAGCCUAGUUUAUUUAAAUUGUAUCUGAAUAUUAGAUGUGUUUGAACAAAGCCACAUCAUAUAAUUUUGUAUCUAAAGUUUAUUUGGGGUCUUACAUGAUAUUUCUCAUGUAACUCUUAUUAGAUAAACUCAUUUUAGGCCUAAAAUACAUGUUUUUGUUGUUGUUACUUUUGUAUUAUAUAUGUUAUUGUUUUCUGAAUUCAUGGCAAAUAUCAUUGGGUAACCUGGAUACUUUGUUAGAUGAGUAUUUAGCUAUAUCUGCAAAUUAAUAUCUGAAAAGUCAUUAGCAAAGAGUCAUGGUAUUCUUUUCUUUAUUUUGAAAUGUUUUGGCAUCAAACCAAAAAGUUUAUGAAAGAUUGACCAAGCAUGUUGCCUUUAGGCUACCUAUAUUUUGCGAUAGAAUAUUAAAUUAUUGCUCCUAGGUUUGUUAACAAUUUAAGAAAUUUAGUUAUGCUUAUAUGCACUUUUAAAAUAUGUACUGCGUUGAAGAUGCCUUCUAUGGGUGUGGACUUGCUAGUAGAAACUGAGUGACAUUUUUGUUACAAGACUUAGAGAUCCAAAAUGGCUUAGAAAAGCUUUCUUUAUAAAAGAAAAAAAGGACUUAAUUUAAAGCGUUUUUUAACAAUGUAGAAGUAAUUGCCCAACUUUAAUUCCAGCAGACAAGUUAUUCUAACAGGUAUUUGAUAUUACUGGAUGCUUAGUUCAGUUUUUUUCCUUCAAUAAAAAGGGAACACAUUUUAAUUUACAUUCCAAGCUAUUAGGAAAAGGAGACUAUUUUAUCGUACAGGCUUUCAUCCGAUGUUUUUGCUUGAAGAUCUUAUGUGCUAUAAUUCCAUGAAUUAAAAAUUAUAAAGACUA